AUGGCGUUCAAGGUACGCAAAACGCAGGGCUCCGGAAAGGUCGCUCUCAGCUUCCAGAACAAGCAUGAUCCGAGUAUCAACCGAAACCUCAACAAUGGCCUCCGGCGCUUCAUCAAAAACAACAGCGAGCACAAGCUCAAUGUUCUCAGAAUAGACCACAGUAAGCGUAAUCCCAUUGGCAAGAAAAGCCGCAAAGCCCGUCUCGGCCUAGUAGAACCCUCAGAAGGGACUUCACCAGGCAAAGACAUAAGAACCUUGUUGAUAGGUGUGAGGCCGCUCAAUCAGCCGCAUUACUAUUCUAGCGGUGUGCGGCUCAUGUCGCACAGAAUUUAUUGA